AUGUCAGCGACCGGAAGGCCCCGCCCAGGGUCCCUCCACCCCCCAAGGCAGAAGGUAGCCAUCACCUUCACGGUAGACGAUUACAGCGAGGACACCGGCGAGGAAGAUGAUCCCAUCGUCAUUGAAGCCCUAAUCGACAACGGUAAGAUCCGAAGGACACUCAUCGAUACAGGUAGUUCCGCUGACAUUAUGUUUUAUGACGCUUAUAAAAGCUUAGGGCUAUCGGUGAAGGACCUGCUCCCCUACGACCAUGAUUUGAUCGGGUUCACAGGAGACAGAGUCCUACCCUUAGGAUAUUUUGAUACUUGCCUUUCCCUGGGAGAUCAUAGAAUUCUGGUGGUGGAAUGUCCAACGACGUACAACGCCAUCCUUGGCAGGCCAAGUCUCAACACCUUCAGGGCGACCAUAUCCACCCACCACCUGAUGCUUAAGUACCCCUGGGCAGGAAGGGCGGUACCAGUACGCGGCAAUCUCGAAAUGGCAAGGAGCUGCUACAACUCCAGCUGCAGGCUGGCCAGGGAAGAAAGAAAGAGAAAGAAGUCCAAAGCCCACGACCAGCAUGACACCUUCCACGUUCAGCACACCAGUUUCAUGACCGACCUCGACCCCCGAGUGGACCAGUCUAGAGACGAUCAGCGCCUCAAACCCGACGGGGAGUCCCGCCCUAUCCAGGUCGGUCCCAUUCCGGAGAAUACCACCAACAUAGCGCGUGGCCUCCACCGAGAUCUCUCCAAACGGAUGGAAAAUUUACUGCUUUCCAAUGGGAAGCUGUUUGCUUGGUCGUCGGCAGAUAUGCCCGGCAUCGACCCCGCAUUCUGCAGCCACAAGCUAUCUGUCGACCGGAAGUUUAAACCGGUAGCUCAGAAGAAAAGACAAAUGAGCGCCGAGAAGCAGCAAGUUAUCCAGCAACAGACCUCAGAGUUGCUUCAGGCUGGGAUCAUUCGGGAGGUCAAGUACACUACUUGGCUCUCCAAUGUAACCUUGGUCAAGAAAGCAAACGGGAAGUGGCGCAUGUGCGUCGACUACACAGAUCUCAACAAGGCAUGCCCUAAGGACCCUUUCCCUCUACCGAGCAUUGAUGCACUUGUAGACAACUCCUCCGGGUACGAAUAUCUCUCUCAUGGAUGCCUAUUCAGGCUACAACCAAAUCCCAAUGCAUAG